UCUGAUUGGAUCACUUUACUGUCCUCCGAUUGGCUCACUUUGUACCGUGUGGGAGGGAUUUCCCUGUCUGUCGCGUUAGCAAUAUCUGGCGCGCUUUGUUUUGCCGCUAUUUUAGAAGGAAACUGAGGUCUGAGGUCGUCCCGGAGCGAUUAUACAUUGCUUGGAACGCACUGACGUGGAGAAGGUGACUGCGUUACUCCCAGUAAACGUUCCACACACACUGGUCUGAUAUAAAGACGGGAAAAGCUCUUGGGGCCAUUGACUUGCUGCGGUGCAUUCUGGGAUUCUCCUGUUAAAGGGGUAGUUCACCCUUACGUUAACUUUUAGUAUGUUAUAGAAUGGCCAAUUGAUGCAUCGCUCACAAGAGAACCCCUGUUCCGAUAAGUCUACUCCUGGCUUCUCUUCAUUAAAGAUGUCUCCUCGCACCAGUCCGGGUGGUUUCUCUCCUGAAGGGAGAGCCCCUUACAUGACCCCCUCCAGUGUUGCUUCCAAAGGGUCUAUAUCAUCUAUGUCAUUGGCAUCAAAACAAGGAAGCCUUGAAGAGACAUUGUGGGAUUUAGGCAGCGAGAUUGAAGAAUCCAUAUCGGAUGAAGGAAGUGAUUUUGAAGAAACUAUGCGUAAAAGACCCCGGCGGUCUCAGAGACCAUCACUGGCAGAAACCGCGGCACCUAAACGCCCCAGGAUUGCGGAGCCAACUGUUUGUGCCAAGGACUUGUUUGAAGCAAUCGUACAGGGCAGGAGCGUCAUGCACGUACUUGUUGAUGAUUGGUUGGAUAGUUACAAGCAUGAUCGUGAGGCGGCUCUAUUAGAGCUGAUCAAUUUCCUCAUGCUGGCAUGUGGCUGUAAAGGUGUGGUCACCCUGGAAAUGCUGGAAAACAUGCAGAAUUCUGACAUCAUUCGCAAGAUGACAAUGGAGUUCAAUGAGGAAACCCAGAGUUACCCGUUGCUGUUAAAACCUUGGAAGAAAUUUCGUGCUAAUUUUGGGGAAUUCUUUAAAGCUCUGGUAAACAGAUGCCAGUUCAACAUUAUAUACGAUGAGCUUCUUAUGGAUGCACUCAUCUCUCUGCUCACGGGGCUGUCUGAUUCACAAGUCCGUGCAUUUCGCCAUACCAGCACAUUUGCAGCCAUGAAGCUAAUGACAGGACUGGUGAAAGUGGCAUGGGAUGUGAGUCAUCACCUAAACACAAGCAAGCGGCAGUUUGUUGCGGAACAAGCAAAAAGCCCAGAGAAGAGAUCUCCAGAGAGACUGGAGACCCUGAUAGCCAAACAGAGAGCCCUUCAUGGAAACCUGGAAGAGGUUGUGAAUAUGAUGAAUGGUAUUUUUAAAGGAGUUUUUGUACAUAGAUACUGUGACACUGUUGCAGACAUCCGUGCCAUCUGUAUGGAAGAGAUUGGGGUCUGGAUGAGAACAUACAGUCAAUCAUUUCUGAGCGACAGCUGCCUCAAAUAUGUCGGAUGGACUCUCUAUGACAAGCAGGGAACGGUGAGGUUGCAGUGUAUCCGAACUUUGCAGAGUUUAUACGGCGUUCCAGAGAUGGCCCCAAAGUUGGAACUUUUCACUAGCAGAUUUAAGAACCGUUUGGUUUUCAUGGUGUUGGAUAAAGAGCAGCAGGUGGCUGUGGAGGCAAUAAAACUGAUUGGACUCAUUUCACAGAACAUGGAGGAGACGUUAAGUAAGAAGGAUUGUGAAACUGUGUACCCCCUUGUUUUUGUAUCCAGUCGAGCAGUUUCAUCAGCAGCAGGGGCAUUUCUGUAUAAGAGGGUUCUAGCUCAUAAAGUAUCUAGUCCCAAGAGCAGAAAUCGUCAUGGAAACGCAGUGUUCUUCCAACUGCUGACAAUGUUCUUCAUAAAAAGUAAGCUUCCUGAACAUGCUGCAUAUCUGGUAGACAGUUUGUGGGAGUGUGCUGGGGUCCCACUCCAGGACUGGGUAUGCCAGACUGAUCUGCUGCUGCUGGAGGAGGAAGGCUUGGAUGACACAGAAGAAAGUGCUCUGAUAGAAAUCUUAGUAGCGUCUAUGAGACAGACAGUAGAGGGGACGUCUCCUGUGGGUAGAGUGCCUGCUAGAAAGGCUGUUGCCGUAAGGGAAAAGAAGGCUGAAGACAAAUUCAGACUGACCCGUCGUAUGAUUCUUGCACUUCCAUCUCUUUUGGCAAAGUUUUCAGCUGAUGCCAAAAAGGUGAGAACUCUGCUUAAAAUCCCUUCCCUUAUGGAGCUGGACAUUUACUGCACAGACAGAAUGGAAAAGUCUCUAGAUCUGCUGUUGGGCCAGAUUCAGGAGAUCUUGGAGAAGCAUACAGAGGCAGAUGUUUUACAGGGCUGCUCUCAAGCUUUGUAUGUCUUGUGUGACCGGAGACUGGCCUUGUACAAGCACGCAGAUUUUGCACGGAGCAACGUUGUGGACCAGCUCACGGACCACUUUUUGCAGCAGGUUCCAGAAAUCAUGCAGGAGACUGAGCUAGAUGAAGAUGCAGUUUAUAAUAUCGGUGCAACAAUGAAAAGAAUAUCACCAUUGUACAGUGGUCACGAUCUGUCUCGCUGGGAGUUGUUCGGCCCCUGCAGCCAAAUACUGCUCAAAAGGAUCAACACAGGAGAGGUUUCGGAACAGAUAGUUAUUCCUGCCCUUACCUGCUGCCACUUCUCUCUCUUGUGGGAGCUUUUCCACAUCACCAACUCCAAAGGCUCACAGAAUCAGCUGAAGCAAAAACUCCGGCAGUUCUGUGACAUGUGUCAAAGCUGUCUGUCUGAUCAUCGGGCUGCUAUAAGGAAACAGGCAUUUGUACUCCUCAGCGAUUUGCUGGUUAUAUUUGGUGGGCCCGUAGGCCAGAAGCAGAGAUCUCACCUGCAGCCUCUUGUAUAUCGUCCCAAUCUGUCUCUUCAGGCCGAGAUGGCUGGAUUUCUGUUGGAUAAUGUAUUUGUUGAUCCGGAAGAGGAGGAAGGUUCACAAACGGAGGAUGGGGCCCGACAAAUUGAUGUGCUACAUGAGAGAAGAAAUCUGCUCGCCGGUUACUGCAAACUGAUCCUGUACGGUUCCCUACAGCUGCACUCUGCCAGCGAUAUCUUCAGGCAUUACGUCAAGUUUAACACCAAUUACGGAGAUAUUAUUAAGGAGAUGCUGCACAAGUCCCGAAGCAUCAGCAAAGAGGAGAGCACCAAGACUGUUCUGCUUAGCCUCACUCAGGCCUUUACAGGGCUGUGCCAAGAGUGUGACACCCCACCCGUGCGCUCCUCUCCUCCUUUGCUAGAAAUUCGGGUGUUGGCCAAGAGAUUGGCUCUACUCUAUGGACCUGAUCAGAUGAGAUAUCGUCAGGAUAUUGUUUUGCUACACAAGGAGGGCAUAAAAUUCUCUCUGCGCCAGAAUAAAACAUCUGACUGGAGCCCUGAAAACCUGCUGUUCCUGGAUGUACUGAGUGAAUUCUCCCACAAAACCAUCAAGCCAGACAAAAAGGCUGUCAUGAAAUAUUUAGAACAGACCAUUGAGCAGUGGCUGCCCUUCCAACCUGUGAGAAAGGAUGAGGUUUGGGCCCCUCUUCUGGCAUACAGCAAGUCUCUGUCUGUAGAUGAGGAGUCCUCUUCUGCUACUGAAAGCGAUAUUUUUCCACCCAAGGAAGGAACGAAGAGGAGCACUGCAAGGCCAUUAGCUCCUUCACCAAGCAAGAGAAUGAAAACUAGCGAAGGAACACUUGAUGUUUCCAGCUUGAUAAUGGAGGAAGGGAGACAUGAGCUGCCCUUAAUGACUUCCACCCAACUGAAAGAACAUAAAGCACCCACCUUACGGGCAAGGUAUGAGGAGGAGGAAGAAGAAAUAUCCGAGGCAGACUCUGAGCCCAGUGAACUGAGUUUCCGGAGCUUCCAGAGGACUCCAAGCUUCUUCCGCAGGCUCCGUGAACAGGCUAGGACUCCAGCAACAAUGAGCAGCAGGCUGAGUUUAAUGGAGGAGGAAGAGGAAGAUGAAUACUUGAUACGAGAGGAUGAGAGCAGCAAGGAUUCAGCAGAGGAGGAGGAAGAGCCCAAGCCAGAUCUGUUUGAUUCUGCACUAUUUGAAGAGGAUGACUUUUAACUUACAACUGAUGUUCCUGAGCGAUGCACAACUUUAGGAUUACUUUCUAUUACUACGGCGAUCAAAACCCAGUUGUUUGCUGUUCGGUUAGACAUUCAUUAAAUGUUUAUUGUUGCAAAA